AUGAAAAAAUUACACAUUCGUCAAUUUGGUAUUGGAACAAUAAUGAAAUAUCGACCAUUAAUAUCAUCAGAUUCGAAAUAUAUAUUUACAAUUGGCGAUUCUUGUGUUUAUGUAUGGAUUGUUAAAACAGGAGAAUGUUUAAGAUUAAUUAAUCACAAUUCAAAUUCAACUGAUCAAACAAAUAUUGUUGCUAUUUCAAUCAAUCCAAAUAAUCAACUUCAAUUAUGUGUUGCAGAACAAAACGGUAUUAUCAAUGUGUGGGAUUAUGAAGAUGGAAUUCUUAUUCAUGUACGUUUUUUUAAUAAGAUAUUUAUUAUAAAAAAAAACAAUAGUUUUUCAUAUGACAUUAAGUCAACAUAA